UCUCAAGCAUCUAGAUUUGAGCGGGAAUAUUCUUCUCGGAAGUGCAAUGGCUAUGCCGGGAUUCUUGGGCUCUCUCCAGAGUUUGACUUAUCUCAACCUCUCCAACAUGCAUUUUCGGGGUAGAGUGCCUCCUCAGCUAGGCAAUCUCUCCAAAUUGGUACAACUUGACAUACAGUGCGACUUCAUAUACACCGAGCUAUACAAUAGUCUUCUAUACUCAAAGGAUAUAUCUUGGUUGUCGCGUCUUCAAUCGCUACAACAUCUUAACAUGGGCUCCGUCGACCUCAGUGGAGUUGCUUACUGGUUGCAUACAGUCAACACCAUUCCCAGUUUGGCUGUAAUGAUUCUGUCUUCAUGUGGUCUUAAUAAGAGUAAUACUCCAACAUCACUUCAACACCACAACCUUACGGUUCUUGAGGAGCUUGACCUCUCAUACAACCCUUUAAACAGCUCAGCUGCACCCAAUUGGUUCUGGAAUGUAACUAGCCUCAAGAGCCUACACUUAGAUGGUUGUGAAUUAACAGGCGUGUUUCCUGAAGAGUUGGGAAACUUGACCUUGUUAGAGACCUUCAGCAUUGAAGGAAACAACAUAAAGGGGAUGAUACCAGGAACACUAAAAAAUAUGUGUAAUUUAAGGUCUCUAGAUUUCAGCAACAACAACAUCAGCGGGGACAUAACAGAGGUGAUUGACAGGUUACCCAAUUGUUCUUGGAAUAAUUUGCAAGAGCUGAGUUUGGUCGGUGCCAACCUCAUUGGCACGGCUUUACCAUUUGUGUCAACCCUUACUAGCUUAAACAUGCUUGAUGUCAAUUGGAAUCAGUUGAGUGGCUCAAUUCUUGUGGAUAUUAGCAUGCUUACAAAUUUUACUUACUUAGACCUCGGAAACAACAAUUUGAGCAGUCCAUUGCCUGUGGAGAUUGGUGCACUUAAAAGUUUGACUUACUUAGACCUUGGAAACAGCAAUUUGAGUGGUUCACUGCCCGUAGAGAUUGGUGUGCUUACAAAGCUGACUACAUUAGUUCUUCAAAACAACAACUUGAGUGGUGUGAUAUCAGAAGGUCAUUUUGCUGGUUUGGUGAAUUUAAAGUUCAUCUACUUACUUAAUAAUAAGGUGGAACUCAUUAUGGACUCGCAUUGGGUGCCUCCGUUCAACUUGGAUACAGCAUGGCUUUCAUCUUGUAAUUUGGGUCCCCAGUUUCCUACAUGGUUUCGAUGGCAAAAGAGCAUCCGUGAACUUGAAAUGUCAAACACGGGUCUAGUUAGUAGGAUCCCAGAUUGGUUUUGGGAAACCUUUUCUCAAGCUACGCAUUUGGACUUAUCCUCAAACCAACUUAGCGGUGAGUUACCAUUCAAUCUGGACUUCAUGUCGGUGGUUGCGCUUUCAAUGCAGUCAAAUCAACUGACUGGUUUGAUACCCAAGUUACCAAGAACAAUUGAGUUAUUGGACAUAUCAAGAAACUCUUUAGAUGGGUUUGUGCCAAAUUUCCAAGCUCCACAUUUGGAGGUUGCAGUUCUGUUUUCCAAUUCUAUAACCGGGACUAUUCCAACGUCAAUUUGUCGACUGCAAAAACUGCGGGUCUUGGAUCUUUCGAACAAUAUGCUUUCAAAAGAACUUCCUGAUUGUGGCCAAAAAGAGUUGAAACCACAGAACCAAUCUAGCAACAACUCUACAGGAGUCAAUUCAUUAAGUUUUUUCAGCUUGAAAAUCACCACUCUUCUUCUAAGCAACAACAGUUUUUCAGGUGGAUUUCCUUUGUUCCUACAACAAUGUCAGAAUCUUAGUUUCCUCGAUCUAAGUCAAAACAAAUUCACUGGAAAGUUACCUAGAUGGAUUAGUAAAUCCAUGCCUGGUUUGGUUAUCCUACGAUUAAGAUCAAACAACUUUUUUGGUCAAAUCCCAAAUGAAAUAAUGGGACUUCAGGAUGUUUGUAUUCUAGAUCUAUCUAAUAAUAACUUUUCCGGGGCCAUACCACCGUAUAUGGAAAACUUGAAAGCUUUGAUUGGCACUGCUGCUACAGAUGAUUAUACACCAGUAGAUGAUCCUUUCGCUGAAGACUACAGUGACAAGUAUGGUUUGGCUGAUAUGGGAAUGUCUAAUGAUAGCUUGUCAGUGGUGAUAAAAGGGCAAGUGCUUGAAUACACAGAGAAUGCUCUAUAUUUGAUGAGCAUUGAUUUAUCUUGCAACAGUUUGACCGGAGAAAUCCCAGUGAAACUAAGCGCCCUUGCUGGUCUCAUAAAUUUGAAUUUAUCAUCAAACAUGUUGAGUGGAAAUAUCCCAUAUAAGAUUGGCAACCUUCGAUUGUUGGAGUCUCUUGACCUGUCAAAGAACAUACUUGGUGGGCAAAUUCCCUGGAGCUUAUCAAAUUUGACAUACCUGAGCCGUCUGAACUUGUCGUACAACAAUCUAUCAGGAAGGAUACCCUCAGGGAAUCAACUCGACAUCCUCGGUACAGAUGAUGCAGCCUAUAUGUACAUUGGUAAUCCUGGUCUUUGUGGACAUCCAGUUCUAAGGCAAUGUCCUGGUCCACCUAGAGAUCCGCCAACCAACGGAGAACCAACAAGGUUGCCUGAAGAUGGCUUGUCUCAAAUAGAUUUUCUUCUUGGAUCAAUUAUUGGCUUUGUGGCGGGCACCUGGAUGGUGUUUUUUGGACUUCUCUUCAUGAAGAGAUGGAGGUAUGCUUAUUUCGGGCUACUCGACAAGCUAUAUGACAGGUUGUAUGUCAUCUCUGUUGUUACUUGGCAAAAUUGGUUCGGACCACGGGUGUGAAUUAAGCAAGAACUACCAAAGAUACCGCUACAAGAUUAAGGGGCCUGGAAAACUUAUUGCUAUAUUGUAUUGUCAAACACUUUACCAUUCAGAACUUAUUG